CUCGCGCCGGGCGUGCGGGGCGCGCUGCCUGGGGCCGGCCAGCCCCGAGCGGAUCCUCUCGGCCGGCUUUCUCCGGAGAGAUCUCUCUGGAAGCUGACGCUCCAGCCUUCGCGACCCACUCGGAUUCUUCUUGGUCUCGGAGUCGCGCCGAGGAGGAGGAGGAGGAGGAGGAGGAGGAGGGGGACCGCCUGCUGCACUUGGCCUCAUUAGCUGCCGAGAAGACCCAUCUUCUUUGUUUUUUUUUUUUUUUUUUUUUUAAGUCUCGAGAAAUGGACGAAGACGGUGAAGUCAGUUGAAGUCCGCAGAAAUCAUCAGGGCGUUUGGAAGGCGCUUCGUAAAAACAUUUCAUUCCCUGGCACAUUACUUGUUUCACGAGUCCCGCACCUCCUGGGAGCCCGGCGUGGAAUUCUUCCCUUUCUGGUGUGUGGUAGCAUUCCUCCCCCCAAUGUGGACUCCAAAGGGUUGGUCCCUUCUUUGUCGUUUGAAAUGAAAUGAUGGCCACACGUCGGACUGGUCUACCGGAGGGAGAUGGUGACAAGCUCAAGGCCUGUGGGUCCCCCACCUGUGAGGUAUCAAAGAGUAAAGAUGGAAAAGAACAAAGUGAAACUGUAUCACCAUCCGAAGAUGAAGCAUUCUCCUGGCCAGGUCCCAAAACAGUUAUGUUGAAAAGAACAUCUCAAGGCUUUGGUUUUACGUUAAGGCAUUUUAUUGUUUAUCCCCCAGAAUCUGCAAUUCAGUUUUCAUAUAAGGAUGAAGAAAAUGGCAACAAAGGAGGAAAACCAAGAAACCGCCUGGAACCUAUGGACACCAUAUUUGUUAAACAGGUUAAAGAAGGGGGACCUGCUUUUGAAGCUGGAUUAUGCACAGGUGAUCGAAUUAUAAAAGUCAAUGGAGAAAGUGUUAUUGGAAAGACCUAUUCCCAAGUAAUUGCUUUAAUUCAAAACAGCGAUACAACAUUAGAACUUAGUGUUAUGCCAAAAGAUGAAGACAUUCUCCAAGUGCUACAGUUUACAAAGGAUGUCACAGCUCUGGCGUACUCUCAAGAUGCCUACCUGAAAGGCAACGAAGCCUACAGCGGAAAUGCCCGCAAUAUACCUGAACCCCCACCAAUUUGCUAUCCCUGGCUGCCAUCUGCCCCUUCAGCCAUGGCACAGCCAGUUGAAAUCUCUCCUCUAGAUUCAUCGUCGAGCAAACCGCAAACCACCACACCAGUCCUGACACAGCCUGGCAGGGCCUAUAGAAUGGAAAUACAAGUGCCUCCGUCGCCAACAGAUGUUGCAAAGUCCAACACGGCAGUGUGUGUUUGCAAUGAAAGCGUAAGGACUGUCAUUGUACCUUCUGAGAAGGUUGUAGAUUUGUUAACUAAUAGAAACAACCAUACAGUUCCUUCACAUAGAACUGAAGAGGUGAGGUAUGGCAUAAAUGAGCAGACCGCUUUGAAAACAGUGUCAAGAACCACGUCGCCACCGUCAUCCAUUCCCACUGCCCAUCUGAUUCAUCAGACAACAGGCUCCAGAUCGUUGGAACCUUCUGGAAUCUUACUUAAAUCCGGCAAUUACAGUGGACAUUCGGAAGGAAUCUCGAGCAGUAGACCUCAAGCUGUGGAUUCUCCUUCUGUCCCUGUUAAUCACUAUUCUCCAAAUUCCCAUCAGCACAUAGACUGGAAAAACUAUAAAACGUACAAAGAGUAUAUUGAUAACAGACGAUCGCACAUAGGCUGUCGGACGAUUCAAGAAAGACUGGAUAGUUUAAGAGCAGCAUCUCAGAGCACAAUGGAUUAUAACCAGGUGGUACCAAACCGCACUACUUUGCAGGUACGACGUCGAAGCACCUCUCACGAUCGAGUGCCGCAGUCUGUUCAGAUCCGACAGCGCAGCGUGUCCCAGGAGAGGCUGGAGGAUUCUGUGUUGAUGAAGUAUUGCCCACGAAGUGCGUCCCAAGGAGCACUGACAUCUCCGUCUGUUAGUUUCAGUAAUCAUAGAACUCGUUCAUGGGAUUACAUCGAGGGACAGGGUGAAACCUUAGAAAACGUCAAUUCUGAAGGCCAAAUACCCGAUUCAAAUGGAGAACGAAAACAAACUUACAAGUGGAGUGGAUUUACCGAGCAGGAUGAUAGACGAGGUAUUUAUGAAAGACCUCGACAGCAGGAAAUUCAUAAGCCUUUUCGAGGUUCAAAUUUUACCGUGGCCCCGAGCACUGUUAAUUCUGAUAACCGGCGAAUGACUGGCAGAGGAGUGGGGUCUGGGUCUCAGUUUAAAAAAGGGCCAACAGAUCUAAAAACACUGCAGUCCAACAGAAAUUUUCAGACUACCUGUGGAAUGUCAUUGCCUCGAGGUAUUUCACAAGACAGGUCACCUCUUGUGAAAGUCCGAAGUAAUUCUCUGAAAGCGCCUUCCACACACGUCACAAAACCAUCAUUUAGCCAGAACUCACUUGUUUCUGCCAAAGACCAAAGACCAGUAAAUCACUUGCAUCAAAACAGUCUAUUGAAUCAGCAGACAUGGCUAAGAACGGAAAAUGCCCCUGAUCACCAGGUGGAGACGGGGAAACCCCCAUCUUUACCUGGAGCUUCUGUUAAGCCUGUCCCUCAGAUGAUCGAGAACUCCGGCACUUCAGAUUUAGAAUUAUCUGUCCCUCAAAGAAAUCAAGAUUUAAAUUUACGAGAGGCCGAAAUGCAGGAAUCGAAUACUUUAGAUAAUAAAGAAACCGUCAUUCUAAGAGAAAAACCUCCGUCUGGUCGCCAAACACCACAGCCUUUAAGGCAUCAGUCUUACAUCUUGGCAGUAAAUGACCAGGAGACAGGGUCAGACACUACCUGUUGGCUACCUAAUGACGCGCGCCGAGAGGUCCAUAUAAAAAGAAUGGAGGAAAGGAAGGCUUCAAGUACCAGCCCACCUGGGGACUCCUUGGCAUCGAUCCCAUUUAUAGAUGAACCAACGAGCCCCAGCAUUGAUCAUGACCUUGCGCACAUCCCCGCUUCUGCUGUCAUCUCAGCCUCCACCCCCCAGGCACCCCAGGCACCCCAGGCACCCUCCAUAGCAACGGUCCCGCCCAGCCUCACCACGUCGGCUCCUUUAAUUCGCCGCCAGCUCUCCCAUGAUCAGGAAUCUGUCGGCCCUCCCAGCCUAGAUGCCCAGCCCAGCUCAAAGACGGAAAGAUCCAAAUCCUAUGACGAGGGCCUGGAUGAUUACAGAGAAGAUGCAAAAUUGUCCUUUAAGCACAUUUCUAGCCUGAAGGGAAUCAAGAUCAUAGACAGCCAGAAGUCAUCAGAAGACUCUGGGUCCAGGAAAGACUCUUCCUCAGAGGUUUUCAGUGAUGCUGCCAGGGAAGGAUGGCUCCACUUCCGGCCGCUCGUCACCGAUAAGGGCAAGCGGGUUGGUGGAAGUAUCCGGCCGUGGAAACAGAUGUAUGUUGUGCUUCGGGGCCACUCACUGUACUUGUACAAAGACAAAAGAGAGCAGACAGGUGCGCCUGAAGAAGAGCAGCCCAUCAGUGUCAACGCUUGCCUAAUAGACAUCUCGUAUAGUGAGACCAAGAGGAAGAACGUGUUCCGACUCACCACGUCGGACUGCGAAUGCCUUUUUCAGGCUGAGGACAGAGACGACAUGCUAGCGUGGAUCAGGACCAUCCAGGAGAGCAGCAACCUCAAUGAGGAGGACACCGGAGUGACUAACAGGGAUCUAAUUAGUCGAAGAAUAAAAGAAUAUAACAGUCUGAUGAGCAAAGCGGAACAGUUGCCAAAAACACCUCGCCAGAGUCUCAGCAUCCGGCAGACUCUGCUUGGUGCUAAAUCGGAGCCAAAGACUCAAAGUCCGCACUCUCCCAAGGAGGAGUCAGAAAGGAAACUUCUCAGUAAAGAUGAUACCAGUCCCCCAAAAGACAAAGGCACAUGGAGAAAGGGCAUUCCAAGUAUUAUGAGAAAGACGUUUGAAAAAAAGCCUACCGCUACAGGAACGUUCGGUGUCAGACUGGAUGACUGCCCGCCAGCACAUACCAAUCGGUAUAUUCCAUUAAUAGUUGACAUAUGUUGCAAAUUAGUUGAAGAAAGAGGUCUUGAGUAUACAGGUAUUUAUAGAGUUCCUGGAAAUAAUGCAGCCAUCUCAAGCAUGCAGGAGGAGCUCAAUAAGGGAAUGGCGGAUAUUGACAUACAAGAUGAUAAAUGGCGAGAUUUGAAUGUGAUAAGCAGUCUACUAAAAUCCUUCUUCAGAAAACUCCCUGAACCUCUCUUCACAAAUGAUAAAUACGCCGACUUCAUUGAGGCCAAUCGUAAAGAAGAUCCUCUAGACCGUCUGAGAACAUUAAAAAGACUAAUUCACGACCUGCCCGAACAUCAUUAUGAAACUCUUAAGUUCCUUUCUGCUCAUCUGAAGACCGUGGCAGAGAAUUCGGAAAAGAAUAAGAUGGAGCCCAGAAACCUAGCAAUAGUGUUUGGCCCAACUCUUGUGAGAACAUCUGAAGAUAACAUGACCCACAUGGUCACUCACAUGCCCGACCAGUACAAGAUCGUAGAGACGCUUAUCCAGCACCAUGACUGGUUUUUCACAGAAGAAGGUGCCGAAGAGCCUCUUACAACAGUGCAGGAGGAAAACACAGUAGACUCCCAGCCAGUGCCAAACAUAGAUCAUUUACUCACCAACAUUGGAAGGACAGGAGUCCCCCCUGGCGAUGUAUCAGAUUCAGCUACUAGUGACUCCACAAAAUCUAAGGGUUCUUGGGGAUCCGGAAAAGACCAGUACAGCAGGGAACUCCUCGUGUCCUCCAUCUUUGCGGCCGCGAGUCGCAAGAGGAAAAAGCCCAAAGAAAAGGCGCAACCCAGCAGCUCCGAAGACGAACUGGACAAUGUGUUUUUUAAGAAAGAAAGCACAGAACAGUGUCACAGUGACCUUAAAGAAGAGUCCAAGAAAGAGAGCGAGGCAUUGUGCAGGAAACAAAGGAGCGCCAUUUCCAAAGAGAACCACGCCAAGAAGGACGGCGGGGCCCCGAAAGAUGAAAAGACGCCCCCGCGGAGGGAGGGCGCGCCGCCGGCGGAAGAACCGUCGCCGCCGCACGGCACGAGGCACAGCAAGUCCCCAACGCCCAGCUGCCGCUCGCCCUUGCCUCGCGACAGCCCCAGGUCCCCGGCGCCGCACAAGCCCGCCUCCCACUUGGAAGAGGCGGGGUCCGACCCCGGCGCUUUGCUCAGCACGUCCUCGCAGGCUUCUCUGCCAAGGCCUCCCGCCACCAAGUCCCCCAGCCCCGAGACCAGACGCGGCGGCUUUCUGACCACCGUGGGCACCGCCACCUCCGACUGCGCCACCACGUCGUCCACCGCGUACCCUGGCGGCCCGGACUGCAGCCGGCUGAGCCCCGACGCGCGCUCCGUGGCCGAGAGCAGGGGGGACGAGGCGGACGACGAGCGCAGCGAGCUCAUCAGCGAGGGGCGGCCGGUGGAGACGGACAGCGAGAGCGACUUCCCCGUGUUCCCCGCGGCCCUGGCCUCCGACCGGCCCCCCCGGGGGAAGGCCCCGGAGGCCGGCAAGGCGAGCCGGAGGAGCUCCGAGGGCAGCGAGGCCAGCUGUACGGAGGGCAGCCUGACGCCCAGCCUGGACGGCCGGCGGCAGCCCUUCAGCUCACACAAGCUCAUCGAGUGCGACACGCUGUCCAGGCGGAAGUCGGCGCGCUUCAAGUCCGACGGCGGCAGCGCCGUGGACGCCAAGAGCGAGCGAGAGGCGCCUGCAAUCGCGCGGGUGUUUGACGUCAUGAAGAAAGGAAAGUCGACGGGGAGUUUACUGACACCGACCCGAAGUGAAUCCGAAAAACAGGAGCCCACUUGGAAGACCAGGAUCGCGGAUCGGUUGAAACUGCGACCCCGGGCGCCGGCCGACGACAUGUUCGGGGUGGGAAACCAAAAGGCGAGCGCCGAGGCCGCGAAGAGGAAAAACAUCAAGCGGCGGCACACGCUCGGCGGCCACAGGGACGCGGCCGAGAUCAGCGUGCUGAGUUUCUGGAAGGCGCACGAGCUUGGCGCCGAGAGGGAGGCCGAACUGUCCGCCGUGACUCGGCUAAAGCCCAAGUGCUCGGCGCAGGACCUCUGCAUCUCAGACUGGCUGGCCCGCGAGCGCUUGCGCACCAGCGCCUCCGACCUCAGCAGAGGGGAGCCGGGGGCCCCCCAGCCCGACGGCGGCGCGCGCGCCUCGGAAAGGGCCCCGGCCCCCGCGCCCCCGUCGUCCCGGCCCGACGCGGGCGGCUCUCCCGGCACCACGGCUCCAACCAGCAGACCCCUUCUUUCCUGCCCACCCCAGUCACCUGACCAAAUAAAUGGGGAGAGCUUCCAGAACAUGAGCCGACACGCCAGCUCUGCAGCAUUAUGAUGCCCGGCCUCCUCGACUAUCGGAAACCCCCGGGCGAUAAAGCACAGUUUCAGCCCUGUCUUGAAACUGGGGUACGUCCACCAGAGCAAGUUAAAAAAAAAAAAAAAAAAA